AUGCCACCACCAGGAGGCACCCCACCACUACAUCCACCUCCCGAUGGAGGAUGGGGCUGGGUAGUGGUUGGAGCAGCUUUUAUCUCCAUUGGAUUUUCAUAUGCGUUUCCCAAAGCUGUCACAGUAUUCUUCAAAGAAAUCCAGCUCAUAUUCAACACUACCUACAGUGAAAUAGCAUGGAUAUCAUCCACUAUGCUGGCUGUUAUGUAUGCAGGAGGUCCCAUAAGUAGCGUUUUGGUGAAUAAAUAUGGUAGCCGGCCAGUGGUGAUGGUAGGAGGUUUGUUAUGCUGUUUGGGAAUGGUCUCGGCCUCUUAUAGUACCAACGUAGUAGAGCUUUACCUCACAAUGGGAUUCAUUUGCGGUUUAGGUCUAGCCUUCAACCUGCAACCUGCCUUAACAAUCGUUGGCAAAUACUUCUACAAGAAACGACCCGUAGCGAAUGGGCUUGCAAUGGCUGGAAGUCCUGUUUUCCUAAGUACCUUGGCCCCUUUCAAUCAGUUCCUCUUUAAUACUUACGGCUGGAAGGGAAGCUUUAUGAUUUUGGGAGGUUUGCUGUUGAACUGCUGUGUGGCUGGGUCCCUUAUGAGACCUGUUGAACCCAAAGCAAGUACUGAGUCUAAAAAUAAGGUUGGAGUAAGAGAAAAUGAUUCCAGUAUGAAAAAAAGACAAAAAAAGUUAUCAGUUUGGGAAAAAAUUAAUAAGUAUUUAGAUUUCUCCCUUUUUAAGCAUAGGGGAUUUCUGAUAUACUUAUCUGGAAAUGUCAUUAUGUUUCUGGGGUUCUUCGCCCCCAUUAUAUUCUUGGCUCCAUAUGCUAAAGACAAAGGAAUCGAUGAGUAUUCUGCAGCUUUCUUGCUCUCUAUUAUGGCUUUUGUUGAUAUGUUUGCCAGACCUUCUGUAGGACUUAUUGCCAAUUCCAAAUUAAUCCGACCCCGCAUCCAGUACUUCUUCAGUUUUGCAGUGAUGUUCACUGGAAUCUGUCAUCUCUUAUGCCCAUUGGCUGAGGACUACACCAGCCUGGUGGUGUAUGCUGUAUUUUUUGGCCUUGGAUUUGGGAGUGUUAGCAGUGUCCUCUUUGAAACUCUCAUGGACCUUGUUGGUGCUCAGAGAUUUUCCAGUGCUGUGGGACUCGUCACAGUUGUGGAGUGCUGUCCUGUCCUCCUUGGGCCUCCUCUUGCUGGUAAACUGGUGGAUGAAACUGGACAAUAUAAAUACAUGUAUUUGGCCUGUGGAGCUAUUGUGGUCAUAGCCAGCGUGUGGCUGCUCAUCGGCAAUGCCAUCAACUACAGAUUGCUUGCAAGGGAAAAGAAGAAGAAUAUACAUACCAAGGAAUCUCAAGAAACUGAACCCUUGAAGACAUCUCAGAGUCCCAAUGUUAAUAUCAAAAGUGGCGAAACUGAAACAUGGAAAGGAGCAGAGGUUAAUCCCUCAGAAAGAGAAACAAAUAUUUAA